ACGAUAAGUAUUGAAUAUAAUUUUGGUUGGUUAUGCGUUUCAAUUAUGUCUAAAUUUGCGUGCUAAUAAUGACCACCACCACCAUCGCCGUUACCAAUUGCCAUCAUCAUCACCAACACCAACACCAACACCAACAAUCAUCGCUUUUCUCUUCUUCUCUUCUCUUCAAGUCCACACACCCACCAUCUAUAACCACCUUCCCACCUGCUUCAAAAUCAUCCUUACACCAUUCUGAUUCUCCUUUUAUACUAUAAUGGCUAACUUGUAUGUCCAAGCGGUUCCGCCCACGGAUCUCAACCGGAAUACCGAGUGGUUCAUGUAUCCAGGUGUCUGGACCACCUACAUACUCAUCCUAUUCUUCGCUUGGCUCGUCGUUCUAUCCGUCUCCGGUUGUUCUCCUGGCAUGGCCUGGACCACCGUCAAUCUCGGUCACGCUCUGGUUACAUAUCACUUCUUUCACUGGAAGAAGGGAACACCCUUUGCUGAUGACCAGGGAAUCUACAACAGGUUGACUUGGUGGGAGCAAAUUGAUAGUGGCAAACAGCUCACUCGCAACAGGAAGUUUCUAACUGUUGUACCUGUGGUGCUGUACUUGAUAGCAUCCCAUACAACCGACUAUCAGAACCCGAUGCUGUUGUUGAACACAGUGGCGGUCUUUGUGCUGGUGAUUGCCAAGUUCCCACACAUGCAUAAGGUCCGGAUUUUCGGAAUCAAUGCUGAAGAGUGAGGGAGGAGGUGUCUGAGUAGUCGAGUUCCAGUUCCAGUACCAUCCCAUGGAUAUAUGUGCAUCCUAUCCUUGUUAAUUUUGACAUAUAACAGACAUUUCAAAAAGGGUAUAUUAGCUUUCUUUUUGACAUGUGUUUGGUGGAUGAUCUUGAAACUAGAAGGAAAAAAAAAGGAAUCUUUGUGAAAUGAUGUAUGUGGGUAAAGAUCAAAAUUCAUCAUAUAAAACCAAGCAAAACAUAAACAAUGGAAGGAAAGAAAACGGAGAAAACCCGUUUGUGGGUAAGUGCGUGCUGAUUACGGUAAGAAUCAAAUGUUGUGUAUUUAGAGUGGGUUUUUUGAUUCACAAUUUGUAAUCUAUAUCUGUGUUGGAUGAUUGAAUGUUGAAAGGAAGUUGAUGUCAAGUGGAUA